AAAUAAAUUUGACAAAUAUCAUAUUCUAUGGUAGUCUAAGAAAAUCUUGAAGUCGAUUGCAGAUUUCUGCUGGUGUUCACCUAGAAAACAAAUUUUGUAAAUAGUACGUUGAUAGAAAGAAAAUCGAUCCAAAUGGCUGGUGUUCAAAAAGCAGCUGGUUUCUUUGGUCAUGGUAUCCGACGAUGGGCGUACAAUUUAUCUGGAUUCAAUAAAUAUGGUUUACAUGCAGACGAUUGUUUGUAUGAAAAUGAGGAUGUGAAAGAAGCAUUACGUCGAUUACCACAACAGUUGCAAGAUGAACGAACAUUUCGAUUGAUUCGAGCUGCACAAUUAUCGUUAGUGAAACAAACAUUGCCAAAAGAACAGUGGACAAAAUAUGAAGAAGAUCAAAAAUAUUUGCAACCGUAUUUACAAGAAGUAGUCAAGGAACGUUUAGAACGUGAACAAUUCGACAAAGAUUAAACGUAUUAAUUUAUCCAUAAAAUUUUAGCCAAUAUGUGUAGCAUCUUGUACAUUAUUUCAAAAAAAUAAAGUAAUUUUAAAUCUCUGUUAAAAAAAA